AUGUCUGCACCCUCUGAACCGCCUAGCAGGACCUCAACGCCCCGGUCUUUCACGAACCAGUCGACCACCGCAGAAGACCUCUUUAAGUCGCAAACAGUUGGCUUGGUGAAACUGUCAGAUUAUCGAAAAAGACGAGCUGAAGUCCUUGAACAAAAAGAACGAGAAGCACACGAUAAGUCCUUAGGCAGGUUUACCCCCGGGACAUCCAGGAGUGGCACACCAUCGGCAGGAGACAAGGCAGACGGUGAGCAGAGUGACGAGCCGCUGAAGAAGAAGAAGAAGAAAGUUCGAGCCCUCGCAAAGAGUAAGCUUUCGUUUGGCAAUGAUGAAGAUGAGGGAGAGACUGAGGAUACACCCAAUAUAUCUCGCGAUCCAAGUGAAAGCAGGUCUCGGUCGGGCACACCGCGCGAGUCGAGCCCAAAACCAUCUCGGCGGUUAGCUCCAAAUCCGCAUUUGACACUUCCUCGACCGAAACUAGUAACAAAAUCUGCUCUUGAAGCAGAGUCAAAGGCUAGGGAUGCUCUCCGGCGAGAGUUUCUAGCCCUCCAAGAAGUAGUCAAGGCGACUGAGAUAGUGAUACCGUUUAUCUUUUAUGACGGAACAAAUAUACCGGCUGGUCAGGUUACUGUGAAGAAAGGAGACCCUGUAUGGUUGUUUCUUGAUCGGUGCCGGAAAGUCGGUGCAAAGCUAGGGCUUGCAGGUGCUGGAGGUGCGGCAAGGGGACGAAAGGACCACCGCAGAGAAUGGGCUAGAGUAGGAGUCGACGAUCUCAUGUUGGUUAGAGGCGGAGUCAUUAUCCCACACCACUAUGAGUUUUACUACUUCAUUGCCAAUAGAAUAUCCAAUUUCUCCGGCAACGGCGGGCUACUGUUUGACUACUCGGAUGCUGCGCCGCCAACUUCCUCCGAUAAUAACAGCAACGCAACGCCUGUGCCCGAAGGGAAGGACGCAGACCCAACCCUUACGAAGGUUGUAGAUAGACGGUGGUUCGAACGGAACAAGCAUAUUUUUCCAGCAAGUCUCUGGCGUGAAUACGAACCCGGACCCGAAUUUGAAGAGAAGAUGCGUGGAGUCCGACGGGAUAACCAAGGGAACGCAUUUUUUUUCUAG